ACUGUAUGCGUAUUCUCCGACCGGUUGUUAUAGAUAAAUAUUGAGGGAGAGGUGAGCGCCUGGUAAUCUAUUCGACUUUAACAAGUCUGCACUAACAUUAAUGAUGCUCUGUCGGAGGCUCUGAAGACUCUGCACGCUGCAUCGCAUCUGUUUUGGAGUGGCCAGCAGUGCGCUUCAGCUUCUGCAAGACACACGAUCCGGUGGACUGGUCGCAUUGUUUUCAUAAAGUUUACCAUCACCGUCUUUUUGCAUGCAUUUCCUACAGUGGGAUUUCUGCUUUUCAAGUGCAUUUGGAUUUGUUUGACUUGUAUUUUUCUGCUCCUCGGAUAUGGUAUAUGCGUAUCGGGCAGAUAUGUUUUCUCUCCGUGGAAGUUUAGCCCUGCGCCUUCUCCCCUGAACUCCUAUAUUUGCAUUUGAAUUAUUAUACUUCAGCUGGACACUACAGAGGGUUUAAACUAUAAGGGGAAAUGGCCAGCGAGCGGAAACCACGGCUUUGUAUCAUGACAAAAGGGGACAACGGGUAUGGAUUUCACUUGCAUGGAGAGAAAGGAAAGAGCGGACAAUUAAUCCGCAAAGUGGAGCAGGGCUCCCCUGCAGAAGCGUCAGGGCUGCAAGCCGGGGACCGUGUGAUUGCAGUGAAUGGUGUAAACGUGGAGAAAGAGACACACCACCAGGUGGUGCAGCGGAUCAAGGCAGUGGACAAUGAGACCAGGUUGCUGGUGGUGGACCCUGAGACACAUGAAAGUCUACGCAGCCUGCGUCUCACAGCCACAGAGGAGAUGGCUGUCAUCAGUACUGGGCUUCCUUCCUCCUCUUCUCCCCAACCAUCCCCCUCCCCUACCCCGCCUUCAAUCCCAUCCUCCCCCAGCAAGAAGCGGGAGAACGGCUCAGUGUCCAAGCAGCCGGUGACACUGAGCGGCCAGGUGCAGAAGCCCACCAGGAGGUCACCGUCAAAGGCUGCAAAGAAGGAGGCUCUUGCCCAGGCUGAAGAUCAGGCCCAAUCCCAGUCACGGCCCCAUGUUGACCCAUCCGAGCUCGUUCCACGUCUGUGCCACCUGGUGCGCACUGACAUGGGCUAUGGCUUCAACCUCCACAGUGAUCGGUCUCGGCCUGGACAGUACAUCCGCUCCUUGGAUCCAGGAUCACCUGCAGACCAUGCUGGGCUCCGCCCACAAGACAGGCUCAUUGAGGUAAAUGGCAUGAACAUCGAGGGCAUGCGGCACGCAGAGGUGGUGGCCUUCAUAAAGAAAGGGGGCGAUGAGACUUGGCUGCUGGUGGUGGACCCUGACACAGACGAUCACUUUAAGAGGAACGGCGUUGUCCCUUCAGUCAGCCAUAUCAAAAACUAUGAUGGUCCAUCCAUAUCCAACGGGUCUCCGAGCCCUCAUAUCAAUGGCAGCUCCACCACACAGUCCAUCAGGUCCACACACUCCGACCUCAGCAGCCAGGGCAACAGCACACAGCUGGCGGACGAUGAAGCCGCCCGGCUGUUGGACCCAUUUGCUGAGAUGGGCCUGAGUCUGAGCGCUACGGCAGCAGAGGAAAAGAUGAAGGUCCAUUCCAAAGAAAAGAAGAAAGCACCACAGAUGGAUUGGAUCAAGAAAUAUGAGCUCUUCAGCAAUUUCUGAGGCAUCCUCUUCCAAUGACACUUCAAACACCAAAGGACAGAGAUAAGAGCUCUCUGCGUAGACAAGGUUGCGCUGCGGGAGAAUGCCCCUUUUACUACACAGCAGGUUUUUUCUUAAAGAAAGAAAAGAUGAAGAUUUGUUCCUGGAAUUUAAUGUGACGAAAGGAUACAUUUGUGGAUUUUACAUUUUAAACCACUUAAAAGACUAUUUAAUAGCUUAUUUUCCCGUUUCCUUGUCAAAGUACAACUGACUGGCUGCAAAAAGA